AUGGCUGCAGAGCCCUCCGACUGGUUGCAGAACUUUGGCAUCGCCAUUGAGAUCUUCUUCCCUACGCUCGCUCUCAUUGUCACAAUCCUCAGAGUGUACACCAGGUUGAAGAUCAAGAGUUAUGGCUGGGAUGACACAUGCAUCAUUGUUGCGAUGGUCCUGUCCAUCGUCAUGGGCGUUGGAUCCAUCCUCUGCAUGAAAUACCUGUACAUUGGUAUUCACUAUUGGGAGGUUCCUGCGACUUACGACCUGACGCCGGGUCUGAUCUGGACGUACGUCGUAGGCGCCGUGUACAACCCGAUUUUGGCUAUCGUCAAGCAGUCGGUUCUGAUUUUCUUGCUGCGUCUUGCCAGCACGAAGCCGGGCGUCCGACAAGUCGUAUGGGGUACCGCCAUCUUCAACGGCUCCUUGAUGGUGGCCGUCUUCCUAGUGGUCAUCUUCCAGUGUAAUCCGAUCUCGAUGAACUGGGACCUUACAGCCAAGGGCCAUUGCAUUGACCAGGCGGCCUUCGGCAUCUCGACGGCUUGCCUGACCAUUUUGACUGAUAUCAUUGCCGUUGCACUGCCUUUCUAUGUCUUCUUGGAUCUCAAGAUCAACAAGAAGACCAAGAUUGCGUUGCUAUCUGUCUUCCUCCUGGGUCUGAUUGUUACUGUCGUCAGUAUCGUCCGUCUGUACUUCCUGUACCAGCACAUGUCCGACACAUCAAAUCCCGACCUGAACUACUCGCUCGGCUUCUGCGUCUCGUCUAUCGAGGUCAACCUGGCCAUCAUCACUGCCUCCGGCCCUGCGCUCUGGCCGCUUGUCCGAAGCUGGAUGCCUCGCUUCUUCACGAGCAUGGGUCCCUCUAACGGCGGCUACCAGAUGAACAACGACAUCGAGUGGACGCCGAACGGCACGCACAGGCGCACGGUGCCGGGAAACGCGUCCAAGCUGGGCACUGGCAUCCACACUAGCCGCGUCGUCGGCGGCGACAGCAGCAUUGCGCUCAAGACUGACCGCGGCGACCGGGCCUGGGCCCGUAUGGACAUCCGCUCUGAUCUGGCUGAUUCAGACGAGGAGGUCCUGACGCAGCACGGCCCCGGCAUCCUCCGCACUACUGACUACAGCGUCACCCGCGACGACGACUCGAGGAGGGUCGUCAGUCGCGGCCAUGACGGCUCAGAUAUUGUCUGA